ACGGAGCCUAAAUCACUUGUUAUUUUUUGCUUAUUCGAGGUUUCAUGCUUCUCUGAAAUUUCAUUGCUUUCAGACAUCGGCAAAACGAAGUUCUGUACGUUCGGCGAAGCUAUGGGAGCCGAGUGUAGUUAGCCGAAGAUACGAUUGAUGGUAUUGUGGUUGUUUAAUGCCGUUGAGCAAAGGGGUGAUCUAUGUGGACCCUUGCCAGUUUUAUUGUUGUUCCUGACAUAAGAAUAUCCGUAGUUAAAUUUUCAUGUAUAGGCUUCAAAUUAUAUAAAUUUCAAGUAACCAAGAUAGGGGAUUGACGUUGACGGGCAUGAAGUAUCUGUUCAAGGGACAGUGAAGUACGCGAUAUGAAUCUUUUACCGAAAACGACGUCGUGAAGAAGAAGUUUUAUCACUUUAUUAAACUGGUCGAAGAAAGUGCAAGAAUGGAAGAGGGGAAGAGUUCUGAAAAUAUAAGGCAUAAAGAAAUUAUAGGAGAGAGAAGUGAGCUUUUUAAUGAAGAAACAGGCACUUGCGCUAUGGAAGGGAACACAUCUUUAGCAGACAUACUUGAUACAGCAUUUACAUCUACAGUUGAUCCUUCUCCACAAUCUCGGUUUAAUUCAGGCAAUGAAAUGGAAUAUGAACAUUUAUUUGCUGAAAGCGACAUUGAGGAAACUGAUGUUGUUGAGCCUGUUGUUGUUGAGCCAGUUGCACCUUUCCCAUCUCAGUCACAUAGACCUGCUCCUGAAAACAAUUAUUCUUUUGUGCCAUACAUGCCUCAACCUGAAAGAAGCACUGGCUCAAGAGAAUUUUGGCACUUAGACCAUCAUAAUUGCAACAUGUGCCAAACUAGACAAGAGAGGCACUAUAAAAAAGAUCCUGCAGGAUCCCAGACCGACAAUAAUGCUUGUGAGGAGUGGGUAUGCGACACUCAUCGACGUAAAAGAAUUCUUCAUGAAAGAGAUCUCCCACCAAAACAUAAAGCAAAGAAAAAUGAUGAACAUAAAACAAUUAAUACUCAGUUACCAGUCAGCCUCAGUAUACCUGGACCAUCCAGAGUGGUGGAUCAUCCAGUAGACUACAGCAUAACCAGAUCUACAACCCAUGUCGGAGGUGUCUCAGAUCAAGACUUGCAAGAUGCUGGAAAUGGUAAUACCCAUGAAGCUACUUUAUUCACUCCGCAACUGCCAAUGGUGUUAAAUCCUCAUGAAGUUCAUCCAAGACAUUCUACUAGGAAUGACGACACACCAUCAGCUCCUGAUUUACAAUUAGAUUGGUCAUCGUCUAGCGGCAGUGAUGAUGAAGAGUAUACUGUUGAAGUUCUUGGAACUGUAAAUCGCAAUAAUAAGAAAAAGGAUCUGAAUGGGCGAACAGUAACGGUUGUAGAUUUGACCGCAGAAUCUGACGAGGAGCAUACUCCAACCAUGCCUACUAAUGAUCCAAAUGUGCAGCAGACUAAUGACCACAGUCACAGAAGCAGUUCCUGCUGCAUGCAUGGUCCACCAGACUAUCGACCUUAUGUUUAUUAUAACCGCCAUAUGUACUCCCAUGAUCGUCCAAGAAUUCCAGUUUACGAUCAGACUUACACGCCCUACGAUGCAGAUACACCCACAGAUAUGGUUAUACCUCGCAUGCACCCUGUACAAGAACGCUUGUGGAGGAGUCAACAGCGUACACAGGAACUUCAUCGUAGAAGGCUCUAUGCUAGAACAACGCUACAUUAUGGAUGCGUAACUUCGAAUCCUGCACACCAAGUACAUCAAUCAGGACCGCACUUGUGUAAUGCAAUCGGCAGCAGUUCCUCCAGCACUAGAUGUAAUGGAAGGGACAAUACUAUGUACACUAACAAUUACCAUCCACCACCUCCUCUGCCACCUCCCCAACAGCCUACUGUCUAUAGCCAUCCUGAGGUCAGGAGACAGCCAAGCUUUGGACCGCCCUCUCCACAAACCGUCAUGAUGGACCCCGUAAGUAAUACCGAGGAUAUGGACUCAACUCCACCGGAAAUGAUGACUUCGUUGCCCGUUCAUCAACACGUACAUCAUCACAUGCAUCACUAUCAUCCGCAUCUGUCGCCACCGAUGCCACAGCGCUUCCAUCAUCUUCAUAUAAGUCUUUUACCACAUCUUGCUGGAGGUUACAUGGAACAGGACAUGUCGUACCCACGGUUGAGUCCAUUACAAGACUUACUUUUCCGUCAGACUCGACCUAUGAAUGCAAGGCUUGAUAAUUACAUGCGUAUUGUGGAUUUGCGGCGUAUGGCGCAUAUAAGUUGUGGAGCUACACAAGAAUCAAUAGAAAGUCACACAUUCCCUCAUAAGUAUAAGCGGAUGAAAAAAGUUGAAAACGGAGAAGAUGCUAUGGAGAAAUGUACGAUAUGUCUGUCUGAAUUUGAAGACUGUGAAAGUGUCAGGAGGCUUCCAUGUAUGCAUUUAUUCCACAUAGACUGCGUCGAUCAGUGGUUAUGCACCAACAAGCGAUGCCCCAUAUGUCGCGUAGACAUUGAAACUUUCCUUCAUAAGGAACUCAGCACUGCUGCAUAGUGUAAAGUCAAUUACACAUAGCCUUCGUUUCUUAUAAUUUGAUUGGCUAUCACCUACUGGAGUGAAGAAAGAGAAGUUAAAUGGUUAGGGAAGCGCAAGUCGUUAGAAAGAUAAACAAGAUAACGACACGUUAUUACGAAUAUAAAUUCUGCAAGAAUGUCCCAUAAAAAUCAAUCAAAAGACAACGGAAGAGAAAACCGGCAAACCUAUUGUCUGAUCAUAAAAUUGUCGAACGUUUUCGAUACUGUUUUUCUUUUUCGAUGCUCAUAUUUUUGUAGGUAGAUAGCAAUAUUUGUAAAUAUUACAAUGCAAUCGAGUCUAUUAAUGUUUAUCAGAAAAACAAGAAUUUCGAUCGCUCACGUUUCAUAAAAACGAAUAAUUUCAAGAAUAUUUAUUCAAGGUCUACUAUAUUUAGCAAUCAAAAUAUUCAGUUACAUUAUUAUGAAUGAAAAAAUAUACAUAUGCCGGAUUCUUUCCAAUUUAUUAUUAAUAUCGGGUUACUCGCAGUUAUCACAUGUGAAUCGUACAAAAUUGACUUUGGCACAGAUGACUUGUUUGUCGGUUCAGUAGAAACAAUCAAUUUAUACAUUAAUUUCGGAAGGACGUCCUAUUUUAUAUUUAACAAAUGGUGCUAUGCAAUAUGUUAAAUGCUAAAGAGACAGUAAGAUCUGAAGUCACAUUCAUCGGCUGCGUAAUUGUGAUUUGUAACUUGUAACAUAACGGAAACAACGUGUAAUAUUGUGCUCGCCGUCGAGUUAUCACAUUACAAUUACAGCGCGAUAAAAUUCUAUUGUGAACCUAAACCGAAACGUCAAGUCGAUACAUACAAUUAGCAUACAUAACUUUUCAAUUAUUAAUAACACAGUAGAAAUUAUACACGAAUUCGAGACAACUUAAUCGUCUCAGCGAACGGCCCUAGGAUGAUGAAUUUUCUAAAACGCCAUUGCAUGACUGGUAAUUAUCAGUUGGCAAUACGAAUUAUCAGAGAGCGUUAAUUGUGUGGUUUAUUUAGUCAUAAAGACAUAUAUAAAGUUCAUUAACUAAUAAUCACGCAUUGUAACGUAUAACCAUUAGAGGUGAAUAUCUAGACGUUACAUACAUAUUUGCCCGUAAUGUCGUAAUAUCGAAAGUCUUAAUGAAGUUACCUAUCAAAUUAAUAUUUCACCUCUGUACGUUACUCUGUCCAUUGGGGGCACAAUUAUAUAUAUAUAUAUAUUUUUGGCCGGCUUUUUAUUUUCAUUAUUGUGCACUUACACUAAUGGCGAAUGAUUAAAAUCGUAUAAAAUCAUUAUUAUGCUGGCGUAUCGUUAAAUUCCUUAAAUCAUGUCCAAAAGAAAACGAUACGUUGUUGCACAUUUUUAUUGAACGACAUGAACAAUAUUAAAAGAAAUCAUGCAUAUAGUCAUUAAGCGCGCAUUAUAAGUGCUUAUGAUAUAAACCAAUAUAUUCCCUAUGUGCAUAUAAGAAAUCAUCAUGUACGUCCCUUGCGUUUUAUGUAUAUAAUGAUUUGAAAAUGAUUUAAAUUGUACAUUAUUGGUCUAUCGAAUGCUAUACCCACAGCUUUUGUGGAUUUGCAACGUGAACUCUUUUAUAACCGUUUGACUCAAUGUUGAUUAUAAAAGAAUAAAGGAAAUGAAAAUUAGAAGCGUUGCUCAUUUUCAAUAUUAUUAUUACAAAAUUAUCUACCGUCGAGAUGAGUUUCUUUAUCACUACGUUGUCCUAAGUUUUCAAUUUAUAUUCUCUCACGAGCAACGGGCUUUACAGUAACAUAAGUAUAGUAUAACAAUACGUAUCUGAAAACAAAGAACAUGCUAAUCUAAUUAUUUUAAUAUUUUUCUCUCCAAGUGGAAGUCUAGAAGCGAUGAGCCUGUCAGAUGCUAACCAACAAAUGGUACUGUUUGUGCAUAAAAGAACCGGUGAACAAUUAAAUUCACCCAGUCUAAUUCAAGGAUACGUGCCUUUUAAUUGUCCAAUACAGAUUACCCCAUGACUCACAGCGGACAAUUUCCCAUGUUAACAAUAGCGGAACCUACUUCCGGAUGAAUUUUGCGAAAUUAUAUACAAAAAGAUAGAUAAUCGUAAACAAAAUAUAUUAUUCGUCGAUAAAGAGUUCAUCAGGUGUCAAAUGAUCCCAAUAAAAAUUAAUUAGUACGAUAUUAUAUAUAAAAAACAUACAAAAAAAUCAACAAUAAAAAAAGCAUGAUCAUUGUUAAACUCCAAUCGUUAACAUUGAACCAGAAAAAGGUGGUUUAUCCCGGUAACGCUUGGAAUCAUACCGACUAAAAAUUUGACAUUAAAUAUCUGGUCAUUGUCCUCUCGUUCGAACAAUGUGAAGCAUAGACAUAUUUAAAACAUUUUUUUCUUUCCACUCGACCAUGUUCCAUUGUACAGAUAUAUCCACGACAUUUGAGCCUUGGCCACUGACUCUGUACGAUAUAAAGAGAAUGAUCACGGGAAGUACACCAGUCUCCUCCUAGCUUCGUCAUCGAAUUGAUCUUGCGUCGAUGAUUUUGCUAUACGCCGGACGUAGAUCAGAUAUCAUACGAUAUAUUCUCGUUCAAUGAUAAUACAGUGAUUCGAAUAUAAUCAUAAAUUGUGUGGUAUUAUAACAUCGGAACACAGUGGCGUGUCAUUUUUAUACG